UAUACAUGUUCUCCUGAUGACGUCCUUGCACUGGGAUGCUAGCUGCAGUGACUCUGCAGAGUCUGAUAGGAGGAUGAUGGAAGCGAGCAGUGAGCUCAUUCUCACAGGAGGGUAGCAGAACUCAGUGCAUCACUGGGAAACGGCAUCUUCCCUGUAACAAUCCAUCCCUAGCAUCUUCUCAGCUAGGCUGGCCUGAUGCUUCACUCUGUGGGAGUGUAUAGAUGGUGAGAAGCUUUUUGCAAUUUGCUUCCCCCCCUUCCCCUUAGCCUGCAGCCUGGCAUUGCUCUGAAUCCUGCUUCAGCAUCUCCUGCCUCUACAUCAUAAGGCUUUGCAAAGAAAAACACACAAGGAAUGGAUUGGUUCACACUGUGGAUAUUUUCCAGGGUGGAUGACAAAAUAAUUUUAGCUGUAAUAGGAAGGACCUGGUGAUUGUAUAAUGAGUUUUGCAGAAUUCCAGGUUUGGCGUCACUCCCAGGUAAAGAAGAUAGAGCAGUGAGGAUCUUGAUGGCUCGUUUCUGUAAGACAAGGAAAAUGUAGAAAGAGAACAAGGGACACUGUGAAGCGGAGAGGUUCCCUCUCUGAUCUGGACUGCGCCCUUCCUGCCACUCCACCUCACAAUGUCAAAGAAGGGAGCCAGCAGCAGCAGCAGAACCAAGGGAGACAGACCCGACGUACUCGCUUCCUUGCAGACUGCCAAUGAAGACCUGAGGGCAAAACUCACUGAUAUCCAGAUUGAACUUCAGCAGGAAAAGAGUAAGGUCAGCAAACUUGAAAGAGAGAAAAAUCAAGAGAUCCGCCAAAUUCGGGAGCACGAACAGCAUAAAAAUAUUGUCCUUGUGACCGAGCUGAAAGCCAAGCUGCAUGAGGAGAAAACUAAGGAACUACAAGCCGUCCGGGAGGCCCUACUCAGGCAGCACGAGUCUGAGAUGAUCCGGGUUAUUAAAAUAAAAGACACUGAGAACCAGAGGCUGCAGGCUGUGGUGAAUGCGCUGAGAGAUGCCGCGCCGGACAAAGUUAAGACCGUUCUUUACAACGAGGCCAGGGAAGAAGCCAAAAAAAGUUUUGAAUUUGAGAAAAUCAAAAUGCAACAAGAGAUUUUUGAGCUAAAGGGGGCCAAAAAGCAAGUGGAGGAGACGCUGACUGUGGUCAUCCAGGCCGAUAAAAUGAAGGCUGCGGAAAUCAGGAGCGUCUUUCAUUUACAUCAAGAGGAGAUCUUUAAAAUUAAAAGGGAAUGUGAGAGAGAAAUCCGCAGAUUGAUGGAUGAAAUUAAAUUUAAAGACAGAUCAGUCUACAUGCUGGAGAAAGAGUUAGGUGUGCAAGCCGGGCAUGCUCAAAGACUGCAACUCCAAAAGGAAGCUUUAGAUGAGCAACUUAUCCAGUUCAAAGAGUCUGACCGCCAUCUUGGUAGCCCAAAGAGAGAACUCCCUUAUGCAAGUGGUGCAGGAGAAGCUUCUGAUCAUUCUGGGAGCCCUGAACAGUUGGAUGAAAAGGAUGCGCGCCGAUUCCAACUAAAAAUUGCAGAGUUAAGCGCAAUUAUCCGGAAAUUGGAAGACCGCAAUUCUUUACUGUCUGAAGAGAGAAACGAACUGUUAAAACGUCUAAGAGAAGCAGAGAGUCAAUAUAAGCCUAUCCUGGACAAAAACAAACGCCUCAGUCGGAAGAAUGAAGAAAUGUCCAAUUCCUUACGACGUUUGGCGAACAAGUUAAAGUUUUUAACACAAGAAAACAUAGAAAUGAGACAAAAGGUUGGUACCAUUAGGAGGCCAAGCUCUUUGAAUGACCUGGACCGAAGUCGAGACGAGAGAGAGAUUGACUUUCUAAGGCUACAAAUGAAUGAACAACAAAUAAUUAUUGAUGAACUAUCUAAGACAUUGGAAACUGCGGGCUAUGUGAAGAGCGUCAUUGACCGAGAAAAGCUUUUAAGAUUUAGGAAGCAGCGGAAAAAAAUGACAAAACUCCCUAAGCCGGUUGUGGAAACAUUUUUUGGGUAUGACGAAGAAGCAUCUCUGGAUUCCGACGGUUCUUCAAUCUCCUACCAAACUGACAGGACAGACCGCACCCCCUGCACUCCUGAUGAGGAUGUGGAAGAGGGCAUGGCCAAAGAAGAGACCGAGUUGCGUUUCCGACAGCUGACUAUGGAAUACCAGGCUCUGCAGCGUGCCUAUGCGCUAUUACAGGAACAAGUUGGCGGAACCCUUGAUGCAGAGCGAGAAGUUAAGACCCGGGAGCAGCUACAAGCGGAUAUUUCUAGCUAUCAGACUAGAAUAGAAGAUCUAGAGAAAGCAAUGUCUGAGCAGGGGCAGGACAUGAAAUGGAUAGAAGAGAAGCAGGCGCUUUACAGACGGAACCAAGAGCUAGUGGAUAAAGUUAAACAGAUGGAGACUGAUGAAGCCAAGCUCAAGCAUGAUGUCCAAGAUGCAAAAGACCAGAAUGAACUUCUAGAGUUCAGGAUCCUAGAGCUGGAAGAGAGAGAAAGGCGGUCACCUGCCAUGAAUUUUCAUCACAUCCCCUUUCCAGAAGGGAAGAGCCCCCUGCAGGUUUACUGUGAAGCUGAAGGAGUGACAGACAUCAUUGUCUGCGAGCUGAUGAGGAAAUUGGACAUUCUAGGGGAUAACGCCGUAAGUAACCUGGCUAAUGAUGAGCAGGUGGUAGUCAUCCAGGCUAGGACGGUCCUGAAUUUGGCAGAGAAGUGGCUCCAGCAGAUAGAGGUGACUGAGUCUGCCCUGCAGCAGAAGAUGGUGGACAUUGAGAAUGAGAAAGAACUGUUCACAAGGCAGAAGGGAUACUUGGAUGAAGAGCUUGACUUCCGGAAAAAAUCAUUGAAUCAGGCCCACAAGCAUAUCUUGGAGCUGGAGGCCAUGCUAUACGACGCCUUACAGCAGGAGACGGGAGCCAAGAUGUGUCACAUACUUUCUGAAGAAGAGCAGGAGAAGCUGAAGUGCGCAGUGGAGCAGUGGAAGCGACAGGUGAUGAGUGAACUCCGGGAAAGAGACGCCCAGAUCCUGCGUGAGCGAAUGGAGAUCAUUCAGCAUGCGCAGCAGAGAAUAAAGGAGCUGGAAGAAAGACUAGAAUUUCAGAGGAGACAAAUAAAAGAAUUAGAAGAGAAGUUUUUAUUUUUGUUCUUAUUUUUUUCUUUAGCGUUUAUAUUAUGGUCUUAGAUCACAUGCUGGCUUGCCACAGCAUGACAUUUUUAAUGAAUGGACUGAACCACAUGUGAGGCACGAAGGACUAAAUAUAUCAUAACAAGGCCAAUUGUUAUGUUUAGGGACGUUCGCUGCAGUGGUGCUCUGCAGUAGUAAUUUUGUUACUGAUUUUAAAACACAGCAAAUCGGAGAGCUUUGCCUGGUAAACAGUCUCAUGAUUCAGGACAAACAAAUACACGUAGAUUCCCUGCUAAGCAGGCAGUAUAUUGCUUCUGUACAGAAGUACAUACAUAUCUCGCAUUUGUCUCCUAUCUUAUCUGGCUUUUGUGUACUGUCAAUCUACAUUCAUGUGCACCAACAAGGAUAUAUGACAAAAGAGCUUUUAUGUGCACCAACGAGGAUACAUGACAACAGAGCUUUUAUGUGCACCAAUGAGGAUAUAUGACAACAGAGCUUUCAUGUGCACCAACGAGGAUAUAUGACAACAGAGCUUUUAUGUGCACCAACGAGGAUAUAUGACAACAGAGCUUUCAUGUGCACCAACGAGGAUAUAUGACAACAGAGCUUUUAUGUGCACUAGCGAGGAUACAUGACAACAAAGCUUUUAUGAAAAGUGCAAAACAUUAUUCCACCAAUGUUCUAUUUUUUGGAGUAAUACAGUAUCUGAAGGUGAAGCGCUUAUGACAAAAGAUUCACAGCUUAGAGGUCCCUUUACUGCCCAGAUGCGUUUAACCAGAGUUAUAUGAGUGCUCAAAAAUUAAUAUAUUUUAUAGCGAAAUAAUCUAUACGUACAAAUCUUUAUUCCAAUGGCGAAAGCACAAACAAUGAACUGGCGAUCCUUCCAGUACAAUGCAAUGUAUCAAAUUGUGAACAAAACCCAAUAUAUUAUGUUGCCUGCAAGAGAUGAAUGGUAUAUGCCCAGCACUGACACAUUAACAUAUUGGAGCUAAUUAAGAAGAACUGAGCAAGUCUUACAGUGAAAGUACUACCCAGCUGAGAAGAACAUGUUACUAAUUUUGGGGAAGAUUCUUUUUUUCUAUAGAAGAGGGAACGCCAGACACCUUCAUUAAGCUGGACCGCAAGUCCUUACAGCCAAAAUGCUUCCAUCCUAUGGAACAAACAACACCACCAGAAACUCAUUAGUUUCAGUUUACUGUAGUGUAAUUAUUUCCCAUUAAUAUAGGUGUAUUUUUCUUUUUAAUAUUUUAUGUCUAUUUGACUAUAUUUCAGGAUCUCGAUCCAUUAAAUGUGCGCUGUACUUAACUUGGCCACAAAUAAUUGGCUUUAAAACGAUUCUAGGGAUCCAAAUUUUGUAUGGCAGAAUAUGUGUUAAAUACAGUAUUUAUUACUCUUUUUUAAAUGUAAAUGUAACAUGGGGAAAAUGUACUGGAAUUUAUUUGACUCUGAUACUGUACGUUACGUAGGUCUUAUGUUUUGUCAUCAGAAGUGUAUACUAACUCUAGAGCCACAACAGUGUAUAUAGUUAUGUGAUUGCACAAUUAAUCUUAGUUGUGUGAUCUGUAACUAAUACAGUAGCUCUAUGUAGGAUACGCUGCACAGUCCCAACGUAACAUGUACGUAAUUAGUCCCUCAGGGAUACAUUGGCUGCAGAUGUUGUGAUUUGUCUCAUAUAAUUAAUCAAACACUAUUGGAAGACUAAAAAUCCCUAAUAUAUGCAGAGCUGCCAAGAAAUGGGCCGGGCCUUGGUACUGGGGAGGGGCAUGGUGACUGGAAGAGGUGUGGUGUAAUGUAUCCCGCAUUCCAACUUCAGAUCACCAAGCGGGAUGCGGUCAAUUUACCUGCAAUCAAAACCCUGACGGUCAAAAUACUGACAACCAUUGACCGAAGGUCAAAAUACCGACAUGGUCAAAAUACCGACAUUUAAAGACCCUAAGGUCGAAAUAACAACAUUUAAAAUGUCGACAGGUCAAAAAGUAAACAUGAGUUUUUCGUUGAAACCGACUUGUUCAGACUUUACCAUCCCAGUGGACCUGGAGGGGGAAUAUAAUAGUGGCACCGUGGCCGAAGCAUGGCAAGCGCAGCGAGCCAUGCGAUGGGACAUGGUACACUUAUACGUUGUCCAUGUCGACCUAUGUCGACAUACACACCCAAAUAAAUAUAUAUAUAUAUAUAUAUAUAUGAAAAACUUGUGUCGACUUUUUGGCCUGUCGACAUUUUAAACGUUGGUAUUUUGACCUUGUCCGUAUUUUAAAUGUCGGUAUUUUGACCUUGUCCGUAUUUUGACUGUCGGUCAAUUGUCGGUAUUUUGCCCGUCGGUAUUUUUAUUGUAGGUAUUUCAUACUAAACCCCACGAAGCCAUUGGGUAUUGGUUUAUGGGUGAAGUUUAUCAUUUAUCUUUAGCUACGUAAACUAUUACCAUAUAUCGCUUUCAGGCAGAUCAAAAGGGAAAUCCUUCUAUAAAAAAAAUAAUCUCGUGAAUAAUUAGCCGCAAAAAUGAUCUUAUAAAUGGUGCUAUGUGGCCAAACACCCGAAAAUAUCAACAUAAUUGAGUCUCAAUUGCCAAAAGUAGAGAACUGAGUGUAUUUACUAGUUUUUAUAAUGCUCUCAUGAUAUCCAUGACCACAGGCUCUCUCCUUAUCACUUUCCUUAUCGUAUGCUCCAACCAAAUGCAAAGAUCACUUUGCAAAUUCUGACAGAGUUCUGAAUUUCCUAACUUCUAUUUGUCAUAAGAUAUCAUCAGUAUACUGACACGCCCUCAUUCUGCUGCAAUGGGUCACUAAGUAAGAACCAGCUUCAGUUGUUGACCGUGCACUCAUUGGGGGGCCCCUAUGGACCUAUGCUGUUUGUUCUCUAAAACAUUGCACCCCCGUAUUUUGUACUUGGUAUUAUACACUGCCUCCUUGUAUUAUGUUAUGGAUCAUUGAUCCGGGUCAGACCUUUGAUCCGGAUGGGACCAUUGUGAAUUAUUUUCUGGGACAGAGAGACCCAGCUAGGAUGGGUAAAUGGUUUCAAUACAUUUUCUUACAGGUAAAAAUACAGUUAUGGUUUCUACAUUGCCAAAGGCGGGGCUAGAUUUCUAGGUAUAGUAAUCAUUUCAAUGGGGUCAUCUCAUUAUUGCAUUCUGCAUUGUUGUGACUUACACAUUCAUUCAGGUUAUUAUUUAUUAUUAACAGUUUCUUAUAUCGCAGCAUAUUCCAUUGCGCUUUACAAUUGGAACAACAGUAAUAGAACAAAACUGGGUAAAAACAGACAGAGGUAGGAAGGCCCUGCUCCAUUCACUUAUUCAGCCAUUCAUUCAUUCACUCACUCACUAAUUCAUUAAUCUAUGGGCGUUUUUGAGUAUUUUUAGGAAAUAUAAAACAUAAUAAAUGACAUUUCUUUAGAGCACAGAGAAGCCAUUAUCUUGUUCCACCAAAUGUUAUAUCCAUGGGGUCUAUGAUCCACGGAAUGUAACAUUCACUACAUCUGCCCUCCGUUCACUUCUCACCCAUUAUAUUAAAAGGUACAGGUAUAUCAAUAUUAACAAUAGUCUCUCUGGUUGAACACGUCUAAUGUCUUUGCAUGCAUUUUCCAUUUAAUAGGAACUGGAAAUGUAUGUUACUAUACAGGUGCUCGUUUGUAAACCACAAAGGUCUUUACUACUUUAUCUGUUACGCUGAUAGAAUAUAUAGACCUUAUUGAUUUGCAUCUCUCCGAUCUACAAUCCCAGCAAUCUCUAAGUAGAACCGUUCCCUAUUUCAGUACACAAAUGAGAUCUAGCCAAUACCUUGAAUGGAAUGUUUUAGUUUAUAAAGACUGAAAUGCUGCUAUGGGUUUGAUAUAACUAUGCAUGGUUGCACACUUAUAUAUACAUUUCUCAUGCAGGCUGCCAAUGUCAUACACUGUAUCAGGCUAAAUUGUCUGCAAUAUAUACAGCCGCGUAUCCAUUAACAUGCAUUAACCCAGUAAUCUCAUAAUGUAUCUUUUAAUGUAUAAUGUAUAUACUAUAGAAAUGUUGUUUGGUGAAUGUUCUCAUAUCCAUUCGCACACAUGUUCCCCAAUGAGAUGGCUGCUUAAAUCCUUGUAAUAUACAUCCUUAUUGUGCUUCUCCUCCAUAAUUUUCAUUUAAUUAAGGAACUAUGGGCCAAAGCUUUACACUAUGGGUAAAGCAUGGUAAAUAAAGUAUGCACAAGCUUUCUGCUGCCUGAAAAUCUCUCUCUCUCUCUCUCUCUCUCUCUCUCUCUCUCUCUCUCUCUUUCUCUGUCUCUUUCACUUGUAAUUUUUUAAGAUUGUCUCAUUUGUCUUAUGCUUCUACUAACAGUAAAUUAAAAAUGCGGUCUCCAGGAAUCGGCAUUAAGGGGGAAAUUUAUCAAAUCUUGUAGAGGGAUGAAGUAAAAGGAAACCAAUUGCCCCAGCACACCACAAUAUUCCAGCAAGAGAGACUUACAUCCUACAUGAUAAUAGUAAUGCAGAGAUCUCAAUUACAUACAUUUGCAAACAAAUGGUAAGCCCCCAGCCACAGCAAGACAUUUCUGCUCUGGUGGUCCUACGCUAUAUGAUAAUAGCACCACUAUAGGCAAUACAUUUAUGUAUUUCUAAAUUGAGUACCAACUCACCUGGAUUCACCACAGGAUCCUCCAAUAUGGUGUUACAAGGUUUAGCGGAGGUACCCUCCAGCUACUGAUCACAUACAUGCCUCUCAGAACAGCGAUACACAGAAUGAUAGUUAACCAAUCAAUUUUUUGGCCUAUUACAGGUGCAUGUAAGGGAGGGGCUAAUCUGGACAAGAAAAAAAACACAUUACCCCAGCAAAGGACCAGCAAAAGAGGCAAACAUCCUACAUGAUAACAGAAAUGCAGAGAUCCAAGUUAAAUACAUUUGUAAACUUAUGGCCAAAUCAAUAUGUAAAAUAUUAUGCUUCUUGGCGCAGUACACUACAGAGGUGAGCAUUUGUCCCCCUCAUUAGCUGUCCCGUGUCCCUGCUGGGCCCCUGCCUGCUCAAACCAAUGUCUUACCAUUUCAUACUGUAUUUUCCAUCCUGUUUUGUUUGCUUUUUGUUUUUUACAAUGUUACCUUGUUAUGUUAUUUUGGGAACCUUGUGUGACAGUGUUCAUCUUCCGUUUCUUGAAACAGGUAGUGCUUUUGUCACAUAGGCAAAUGAUUUUUGUUGCAAGUGACAUAGUGUGAGACAGGUACAAAAUCAGAGGAAAUGUAAUCAUCCAAAACAUCAAAUAAAUUACACAUAGGUCUGAAUUUUUUAUUUAUAUAUUGUUAUUUAUUUAUUUCUGGAUAGGUUGCUCGCUUCGUUAGCAUGUGUUAUGAGCGGAAGUCCUUAACCUGACAACAGAUUUAACCUUGUAUUUCCAUUGUGUUAGUUGUAUCACUUUAUUUGUUGUUGCUUCUUCUUCUUCUUCUUCUUCUUCUGCUUCUUCUUUUUCUUCUUAUCUUUUAUAUGGUGCCAUAAGGGUUCUGUAUCACUGUAUAUAGUGCGAAAAACAUAUUGCAAUGUAGUUGCAGACAUGUUUACAGUUUGCCAUAUAUAUAUAUAUAUAUAUAUAUAUAUAUAUAUAUAUAUAAUUAGCAGAGGAGCAGGAUGCAGAGGCUGGAGAGUUAGGAGGAGCACUGGUAGGCUUGACUGAAGAGGUGACUUCUAGGGCACUGGUAAUAAGCAGAGUAACCUGAUGCCAGUUUGAUUUAGAGUAAGAGGACAUUCCAGAGGUUGGGAGAAAUCCUUGAGGUGAGGGAGGGAUGAAGAGAUGAGGGAGGAGGUGAGGACCAUUCAAACGUUUUAUGGCUCGGUGAUGUCUGCCGCUAUCAUUCCUCUGUUUAUACAAGCAAUUGCACGACUGCUCAUCUAUCCUGAGGGUGCAUAUAAUGAGUAUUUUCCUGAGCGCAAUUCUUUAGCCCAAUUUGCUUGUGAUAGAUCAAAAUGACCCACAAUUGCUGUGUAAAAAUGCCAAAAAAUAUCUGCUUUGAUAAAGAUCAAGCAAAAUGGUAAAUCCUAUUGGCUGAUGGCGACAUUGGCCUGGGUAGUAAUUUUUCAACAGAAAAUAUUGCGGUACUUGCAAACCGCUGACCCCAACAUUCACAUGUGUAUUAUUCGUUUUGUUGUUUGCCAACCGUUAAAAAUAAAUUAUAUUACAUUUUUUCUAGAUUUGUUUUCAGAUCUCUAAGUCUGCCAAAUCCUAGAUCUGUUUCCCCAGUGUUUAGCGUUCAGCCGUGCUUUGUCGCUGAGGACUAUUAAUCCUGACGACACUUUUGAUAAAAGCGUAAGAAACUGUUGUUGCAGAGAUGAAGUAAUCGCUGUAGACAGAUGUAGAUUGUGCACAAUGCAGGGGAUUACUGCUGUAUACACUGCUCAGCGUUCAUUCCACUUCUCCUCAAUGUUUCUACGUCAAUGUUUUACAGUGUUGUUCCCUUAUUUCCUCUCCAACUUCUUGCUCUCUGUCAGUCAUUCUGCACCAUUCCUCCAUAUGCUCUGUAUCACAGUCACUUGCCAUUCUACCCCAUUCCUCCAUACACUCUAUAUGACAGUCACUUGCCAUUCCGCACCAUUCCUCCAUACACUCUAUAUUACAGUCAUUUGCCAUUCUGCACGAUUCCUCCAUACACUCUAUGACAGUAAUUUGACAUUCUGCACUAUUCCUCCAUACACUCUGUUGAACAGUCACUUGCCAUUCUGCACCAUUCCUCCAUACACUCUAUGACAGUAAUUUGCAGUCCUGCACCUUCCCCCCGUACACUCUGUAUGAAAGUCACUUGCCAUUCUGUACCAUUCCUCCAUAUACUCUGUAUAACAGUCACUUGCUGUUCUGCACCAUUGUCCCAUACAGAGUGUAUGACAGUCAUCAUUCACCCAUACACUCACCCAUACACUCUGCACCAUUCCCCCAUACACACUGUAUAACAGUCACUUGCCAUUCUGCACCAUUCCCCCAUACACACUGUAUAACAGUCACUUGCCAUUCUGCACCAUUCCUCCAUACACUCUAUAUGACAGUCAUUUGCCAUUCUGCACCAUUCCUCCAUACACUCUAUGACAGUCAUUUGACAUUCUGCACCAUUCCUCCACAUACUCCGUAUAACAGUCACUUGCCAUUCUGCACCAUUCCUCCAUAUACUCCGUAUAACAGUCACUUGCUGUUCUGCACCAUUGCCCCUUACAGAGUGUAUGACAGUCAUCAUUCCCCCAUACACACUGUAUGACAGUCACUUGUCAUUCUGCACCAUUCCUCCAUACACUCUAUAUGACAGUCACUUGUCAUUCUGCACCAUUCCCCCAUACACACUGUAUGACAAUCACUUGCCAUUCUGCACCAUUCCUCCAUAAACUCUGUAUGAGCAUUACUUACCAUUCCGCACCAUUCACUCAUGCCAUCUGUCUGUUAACCACGUACUAGUCUGCACCGUUUUCCCGUAUGUCUUUUUUCCCCAUUUUAUGUUUUAUAGUUAUGUUGAAGUAAGAUUGUUAUUACCGAUAUGAUGUCAGGGACGGUUGGGCAGCCCAAGCAUGAAGUGAUAAAUAUCAAUACUUAGCUCUGUACAGCGCCCUCCUUAUAUCGCAUUCUCAAUUUCUCAUACAUACUGAAGGGUGGUCAUAAAUGUUAAGUGUUGUGAUAUAAUCUGCAUCACAUGUAAUCUAGUUCUUCAUUUGUUUCUGCAUUAUGUCAGCACAGAUGUUACAUGUCUAAACUAAACUACACUUAAGGUGCAGCCUUCCCCCCUGUCUAAGGAGGAACACACGCCACGUACCAAGUGUAUACAGUACUUAUUGCCCAGGCUGUCAGUAAUUCAUAGCUGUUAUUGUAAGUUUUACUCUUCUACUAUCUGUAGCCUUUGGUACAAGCCCGAGUGCCUUACACAGCUUGUCAACGUAACACUUGUCAUUACUUGGGGGUAUUAGUGACGCCAAAAGGGGUUCUAGAGCAGCCGCACCAUCAGUACCUUAACUUGGCUACAGUGUUUUAGCACAGUAAUGAGUUUAGUUUAGACUCAGGGAAUUGUGUGGAUGGAAUAAUGUAUUUAAGUAUUGUACAUUUUAUAAACAACAUACCUGUGUAAAUCAUGUACAAAUGAUAUUUAUUGUAUGGCGGGGGUGCCCUUUCCGCGUGCUUUGUCUGGAUAACAUAAUCUUAUACCUGUAACGUCUGGUUUUAGUGCUGGAACCGUAACUUUAGGUCUUUCUAGGGGACUUUGUUUGCCAGUUAAAAAUUUUACACAUAUUUUUGUAAUGUGAUAUAAUAAAUAUAUAUAUGAAAGACUUUAUAUUUAUUUGUAAAUUACUUAAUUUAUUG